AUGGUGGUGCGGUCGCAAACGCAGCCCGAGGGCGUGAGCCGCCUGUGGCGCACGCUCACGGGCAGCAGCUUCUCGCCGUGCGAGUCCAAGGUCUCCAGGACCAGCGCGGCGACGAGCCGCGGGGAAGCAUCGGACUCCAACGAUGGGGAGGCCAAGGCUGGCAACGGGGCAGUCGACGAGAGCGCGCCGCGCGCGUCGCUCUGGGCGCGGGUCCCGGCGGGCUACGUCGGGGCCAUCACGGCGCUCGCCGUCUUUCUGGCGUUCGAGGACUUCUUCUCGCUCGUCUUGCGCCGAGUGGUCCGCGACACGGCCUGCGCCGCCGCGAUGCUCCUCGCGAACGCCCUCGCGCUCGCGAUUUUCGCCACGGACGCACUCCUGGGGUGGCAAGCUGAGUGCGGCGCCAUGGGGGUGAAACGCGUCUCAGGAGCCGCCACGGUGCUCGACGGCGUCGCCGUCGCGGUCCCCGCGCUCGUCCUGACGAUCACGUACAUCGCGAGCGUCGCGCUGCCCGCUGACGGCCAGGCGGAGGGGCCCUCCGCGCUGCCGCUGCUCUUGUCCAAGCUCCGGCCUCUAGCGCUGCUGAAACCCAUGGUGACCCAGUACCGCUUCCGCGUCGUGAAGGACGCCCUCGAGCACUCCAGCAAGCCCGAGCGCCUCCGGGUGCGCGUCGCGGCCCGCGUGCGGCAGGGAGCGCUCGUCAUCUCUGCCCUCGCCCUCUUCCUGGCAACUGUCGCGGACUGGGCGACGCUCUCGCGGACGCCCGGGGCGCUCCUGAGCCGCGCCUUCCACGAGGCGACGACGCCGACGCAGCAAGCCCUGGCGUACACCCAGGGGAUGGUGAUGACGGCCCUGGGCUGCAACGGCGAGGGGGAGUGCGUUGUCGACGACGUUGCGGGAAGCUGGCUGCAGCCCUCGGGGUACGAGGCCGGGCAGAACGCGUGGCGCAAGCUCGUCCUGGUCUUCUCCGUCGGCGUGUGGGCCGUCACCGCCGUCUGGGCCGCGGAGGCGCUCGUGCUGGGCCCCGUGAAGUCGACGGUCAACACGCUGGGGUCGCUGGCCGCGCAGCUGGACGACCGCGGCAUGGUCAAGCCGAAGGCCGAGCCGGACGUCGCGGACGACUCGCGGCGCGUGAAGAAGUACCGCAGGUCGGACUCGGGGGGCGUGGACACGAUCGACCAAGCCAUGAAGCGCGUACAGGGCACAGUGCAGCUGGUGGUCAAGGCGAGCCAGCGCGGGCAGGUGGUGCUGGAGCGCGUCAUGAGGGAGGCUGCGCAGGACUCCGUGACGGGCCUCGGGCUCGGGGAGUGGACGCACAUGUACCAGGGCGUGCUGGCCACGGCCCCGAGCGUCGGCGACGACGCCGGGGAGGACGUGCCCGGCAGCGAGGGGCACUCGAUGCGGCAGUCGCAGACGGGUUGCGGCGUGGAGAUGUCGCACAGCUCGCGCGCGCUCGGUGGCUUCGGCUCGAGCGGGAACCUAGUAGGGCUGGAGCGACAGGGCGCGUCUCCUGGUUCGCUGAAGUGGAGCUCGCUGCACCUCGACAACGACGCGCUGGAGGCCGCCGUGAUGACGAUGUUCGUCAGGCUGCGCAUCGUCGACGCCCGCGACCCUUCGAUGCCCACCAAGACGAUGGUCCGGGCGCUCGUCGGGCACCUCGCGGCGCGGUACGACCCUUCGAACCCGUACCACAACUGGAGGCAUGCCGUCGAGGUGGCGCACGCGUGCUUCGUGAUGCUCCAGGACAGCCACAAGCACGCCCGCGGGCGGCCCUGGGCGCGGCGCGAGAAGCUCUGCCUCAUGGUCGCGGCCCUCGGGCACGACGUGGGCCACACGGGGGUGUCGAAUGACUUUUUGAUCAAGACCUCCCACCCCCUGGCCAUCACCUACUCGGACGACUCCCCCCACGAGCGCGCGCACUGCGCCACGCUCUUCCGCGUCAUGAUCGACGACCCCUCCGCCAACGUCUUCGCCAACAUGUCGCCGGACGACCAGGCCGCGGCGCGCCGCGCCAUCAUUUCGCUCAUCCACUCGACGGACAUGCAGCAGCACUUCGAGAUCACCGGCGAGCUGGAGUCCCUCGCGGAGCAGCUGGAGCAGGAGGGCAUCCUCGGCGCGAUCCCCGCGGAGCCGUCGCGGCGGCUGCUGCUGUUGCAGGGGAUGCUCAAGGCGGCCGACAUCGGGCACAUCGUGCGGGAGCCGCUGACGAUGUUCGCGUGGUCGUGCCGCGUGGUGUCGGAGUUCUUCACGCAGGGCGACAUGGAGCGCGAGCUCAAGAUCCCUGGCUGUCCGUGCAAGAUGAUGGACCGACACACGGAGUACGUGCCGCAAGGGCAGCUCGGGUUCAUCGACGCGCUGGCGAGGCCGUUCUUCUGCGCGCUCUGCACCGCCGCGCCAUGGCACCCGUGGAUGCUGAACGGUCUCGUGGAGAGCUACCAGCACUGGCUCGCCAUCAUCCGCGACCACCAGAGCAUGGUUCUGCCGCAGCUGGCGGUGUCGCAGGGCCUGAGCAACAGCGAGGCGCGCGCCGCCGUCGCCGCGAACGAAACGGGCGCCGCGGGCGACGUCUCCCUCGCGAACCCGAAGUCCAUGGGCGCCACGAGCGACAUCUCGAUGCCGAUCCCGCUGCGCGCCGCCGCGGAGCGCCACAGCGUCCACUCGCCGGACUUCACACGCGCUUGCGAGUGGGAGCUCGCGACGGCUCCGCGACCCGAGGCCGACGAGCUCCUCCCGGCCGUCAACGCGCUGGGCGCGAUCAAGCAGCAGCGGUCGCGCGGCGCCCCGCGGACCGACGGCGCGUCGCCAUCAACGGGCAGCGCGGUGGCUACGAACGACUUCCGCGACGCGCUCUCCUCGGUCAACGUCGACUCGAUCGGCGGCGGGCGCAAGCCCUCGUCGUCGUCGCGCAGCCGGCGCUCGAGCCGGCUGUCGCGCCACUCGGCGACGUCGCGCAAGAGCCGCCGCAGGUCGCGACUUGGGCGCACCAAGGCGCGGAACUCCGCGCCGGGGUGGACGACGUCCGGGGACGACACGAGCGACGGCGGCGAGGCCGAGGACACCGUCGGCGCGGUCCUCGACGUCGUCCGUCCGCGGCACACGGAGCCCGGGCCGAGCACCAGCGCCCACGCCACAGGCAGCGACCGCGACGAGGCGUCGCUGCGCUCGCAGGCGCUGGUGUACCUGCCGACCGCGCACCUGCCGCGCGCCGCGCUCGUGAUGGACACCGAGCAGCAGAUGCGGACCUUCCAGGAGAGGGUUGGGCCGUAUAUUCAGAGGGUCAAGGUGGCGGGGUCUCUACUCAAGUCCACCCGCAGGGCUGGGUCCGGCCACGGAGGCCUGAGCGACGUGCCGCGCCGCGCCGCCGUGCGCGUCGUCGCGUGGGCCGACCAGCUCGAGCAGUAG